CAUCACAUCAACAAGCUCCAUAAUCAUCAUCAUCAACUCAUAGCAAAACCAUUUUUGAGCUUAAAAACUCGGUUUUUUCACAAUAAUUAAUUACUCAUGGCACAAAUCAGCCUCACUUUUUUGGUCAUCCUCUUAACCAUUUUUUGCCUCUCCGGCCUGGCGGAGCCAGCCUGCCGCAGAUGUUCCCGAUCACGGGCUUUCGUGGAGGCGCAAUGCCGAACAACCCGAUACACGGACCUCUGCGUCCGCGGCCUCUUGCCUUACGUAAACUCAAAAAUCCAUACUCAACAGCAACUAGCUCAAGUUGCACUCUCCGUCAGCCUCUCUAGGGCUAGGUUCACCAGGGCUUACGUCAUCAGCGUGGCGAAACAGCUCCAACAGACACGAACCCCCGACUACGCCGCGGUCGAAGACUGUCUUAACCAGAUCAACGACGGAGUGACGCAGAUCGCGCAGUCGGUUAAGGAGUUUCGGCAGAUGAGUGUGGAUGGGGAGAAGCAGUUCUUGUGGCACGAGAGUAAUGUGCAGAGCUGGGUGAGCGCUGCUCUCACGGAUGCCACGCAGUGUAUUGAUGGGUUUUCGGCGUAUACGAUUAAGAGCAAGGUGAAGGCGACGAUUAAGGCCAAGGUGUUGAAUGUGGCGCAGGUGACUAGCAAUGCAUUGGCGUUGUUUAAUGGGUACACUGCUAGACAUCGAGCCUCGUUCCGGGCCAAGAAGCCAUGAUUGUUGUAACUAGUUGGUUUGUGAUGAUAUGUUGUUAAUUGUUUGUUCUUUAUCUUCUUCAUUUUUAUGUUAAUAUACUUACACAAUAUAUGGAAAUUCGAAAAUCAA